AUGCAACCCAUAUUUGUGGACACCAGAGGUCUGAAAGGUGCCCUGGCAGCGUUUCGUGCCUUCCUCUUCUACCUCAACACCUUUGCUUGGGCGGGCCCCCUCUUUGUCAUCAUGGUCUUCCUGACACCCUACGUGCUCGCUUUUGAUCGGACCAGGAGGAAAGCGCAGCACUUCUUCAACACGCUCUGGGCCAAGAUCAGCUCCUUCCCCUUCUAUCGCGUCGUCAUCUCUGGCCUUGAGAAUCUGCCGCCACAAGAGCAGCCAGCUGUUUAUGUUGCCAACCACCAGAGCUUCCUUGAUAUUACGACGCUCUUUCACAUCAACCGAGACUUCAAAUUUGUGUCCAAGACUGCCAACUUCUUCAUCCCCAUCAUUGGAUGGUCGAUGUUCCUCACAGGUCACAUUCAGCUUGACAGGAUGGAUCGGAGGUCACAGCAAAAGUGUCUGAAGGACUGCGGGAUGAUGCUGGAGCGUGGCACGUCCGUCGCCUUCUUCCCGGAAGGCACCCGCAGCAAGGACGGCAAGCUGCAUGCCUUCAAGAGGGGCGCCUUUGUCGUGGCCUCCCGGCACAACGUUCCUGUGGUGCCCAUCACCCUGGAUGGAACAGGGGACCUCAUGCCCAACUCACGCGAGUACCUCCUCUUCCCCGGCACGGUCCAUGUCCGCAUCCACCCGGCCAUCCCACCCGGACCGGUCGACGCUCUGACGCGCGCAGCCGAGUGCGCCAUCGCCUCCGGCCUCCCCCCUGAACGGCUGGCGCCCGAAAUACUCGGUACCUGA